UGUUUGUAAUUAUGGGAUGGUACUACAGCCCCGUGAGUGUCUGUCGUUGCUGUGGCUCCUCAGAAGUCUUGUCUUGGUUUUUUCUUCAACCGUUUCUGUGGUCAUCAUCAUCAUCAUCGUCGAAGCAAAGAUGGCGACCAAGCGGCAUUGAGUCCUCUUAGCAACGAGUUUCAUUUUGUUUUUGCUUUAGCUGAGAUUUCUCCACGGCGCGUUUACCGAGUCUAACUCGAUGCGUUUCGUCGCGACAGAAAUGUUUUGAGAUGAAAGAGGAAAUUAAUUGAAUGCGGAGCGAGCCUCUUUGAAGCGAUAGUUCAUCACAGCCGCGGCUCUGGCUGUCCAGUGGCGCGGCUAACAGGCAGCAUUGUCGGUGUAAAAUGGCUCCGGUACAGAUCGGAACAGAUGGGCAGCUUGUCCCGUUCGGUGGUCCGGUUGUUUCAGGCCCACAGGCGAACCCGUCAGGAGCCCCGGCUGCUCAGGGCGUUCGGCUGAGUCUGCUUAUUGAGUAUCUUCUGUGCAGGACUUACCAUGAAAUCACCGUCCUGGCUGAACUGCUCCCAAGAAAAACAGACAUGGAAAGGAAAAUUGAGAUUGUCCAGUUUGCUAGCCGUACAAGGCAGCUGUUUGUUCGCCUUUUAGCUCUGGUGAAGUGGGCAAGCAACGCAGGGAAAGUUGAGAAGUGUGCGAUGAUUUCCAGCUUCUUGGAUCAGCAGACCAUUUUGUUUGUGGACACGGCAGACAGACUGGCGUCCCUCGCCAGAGAUGCUUUGGUUCACGCUCGUCUACCCAGCUUUGCCAUUCCCUUCGCUAUCGAUGUGCUCACCACAGGGUCAUAUCCACGCUUGCCCACUUGUAUUAGGGAUAAGAUUAUUCCUCCAGACCCCAUCACUAAAGCUGAGAAGCAGACCACUUUGAGGCAGCUCAAUCAGAUUUUACGACACCGUCUUGUCACGACGGACUUGCCACCUCAGCUAGCAAAUUUGACAGUUGCUAAUGGGCGUGUGAAGUUUCGUGUGGAGGGAGAGUUUGAGGCCACUUUGACUGUAAUGGGAGACGACCCAGAUAUUCCCUGGAGGCUGCUGAAGUUAGACAUUCUGGUAGAGGACAAAGAAACUGGGGAUGGCCGAGCUUUGGUGCACAGUCUGCAGGUGAACUUCAUCCACGAGCUGGUCCAGGCACGUCUCUGUGCCGACGAAAAGCCUCUCCAGGACAUGUACAACUGCCUGCACUCGUUCUGUUUGUCCCUCCAGCUUGAAGUUCUCCAUUCUCAGACUCUGAUGCUGAUCCGAGAACGAUGGGGAGAUCUAGUACAGGAGGAGAGAUAUGUGCCUGCAAAAUACCUCACACUCUCUGUCUGGAACCAACAGGUUUUGGGUAAGAAAACAGGCACAGCACCUGUACACAAAGUCACUAUCAAGAUUGAUGAGUCGGAUGGAUCGAAGCCAUUACAAAUAUCCCAUGAGCCUCCUCUUCCCGCCUGUGACUCCAAAUUAAUGGAGAGGGCCAUGAAGAUAGACCAUCUGUCCGUGGAAAAACUCCUGAUUGACAGCGUGCACGCCCGAGCCCAUCAGAAGCUGCAGGAACUAAAGGCCAUUUUAAAGACCAGCAAUCCCUCAGACAACUCAUUCAUUGAGACGGCUUUGCCAACGCUCGUCGUUCCAAUACUCGAGCCAUGCGGCCGUUCAGAGUGCCUGCACAUCUUUGUCGACCUGCACUCUGGCAUGUUCCAGCCCAUGCUGUAUGGAUUAGAUCAAUCAAUGCUAGAUGACAUUGAGAAGACCAUCAAUGAAGAUAUGAAGCGCAUCAUCUCUUGGCUUCAGCAGCUCAAGUUCUGGUUGGGAGAGCAGCGCUGUCGACAAUCUGUGAAACAUCUCCCCACCGUUUGCACUGACGUCCUUCAUCUCUCCAACUCCACAUCUCACCCCGUUGGCAGCCUGUCCAAACACAAACUCUUCAUCAAGCUCACUCGUCUUCCGCAGUGCUACAUUGUGGUGGAAAUGCUUGACGUUCCUUGCAAUCCCACAGCUUUGCAGUACAAGUAUUCAUUUCUGUCCGUUUCUCAGCUGGAGGGGGAGGACGGACUCCUCUGUGCACAGCUUCUGCAGCAUUUCAAACCCAAUCUAGAGCAUCUGGUCCAGGACGCUAUAGUCCACAAAGAGUUACGAUCUGGGACUAAGAGAAAGAGUUCUGGAGACCAAUGUGACACGGAGCCCAAAAAGCCCAAGCGGUCUGGAGAAAUGUGUGCCUUCAACAAAGAGCUGGCUCACUUGGUUGCGAUAUGCGAUACCAAUAUGCCUUUUGUCAGCCUGCGAACAGAGCUAUCCAACAUGGAGAUUCCAAGUCAAGGAGUGCAGGUGGAAGUGGACGGCAGUGGUCACGCCAUCCGACUAUUGAAGAUUCCUCCCUGUAAAGGUGUCGGAGAGGAAACCCGGCGAGCCUUGGAGCGUUCCCUUCUUGACUGCACUUUCCGCCUGCAGGGCAGGAAUAACCGCACUUGGGUGGCAGAACUGGUUCUAGCCAGCUGUCCUCUUAACAGCACAAAUAGCAAAGAACAAGCUUCCACACGACACGUGUACCUGACCUAUGAAAACCCGCUGUCGGAGCCAGUGGGCGGGCGCAAAGUGGUGGAGAUGUUCCUCAAUGAUUGGAAUGCCAUUAGCCAGCUGUACCAGUGCGUUCUCAACUUCUCUUGUGUGCUGCCAGAAAUGCCAUCCUACCUGAACCUGUUCUCAGAGGUGCGACUGUACAAUUACCGCAAACUGGUACUGUGCUACGGGACCACAAAGGGCAGCUCGGUCACCAUCCAGUGGAACUCCAGCAGCCAGCGGUUCCACCUCGCCCUGGGGACUGUGGGGCCCAACUCGGGUUGCUCCAAUUGUCACAACAUAAUUCUGCACCAGCUGCAGGAGAUGUUCAACAAGAACCCCAAUGUGCUGCAGCUGCUGCAGGUGCUUUAUGACACCCUGGCUCCUCUCAAUGCAAUCAACAAGCUCCCAACUGUGCCCAUGCUGGGUCUCACCCAGCGCACCAACACGGCCUACCAGUGUUUCUCCAUCCUGCCCCAGUCCCCCACACACAUUCGACUGGCAUUUCGAAACAUGUACUGCAUCGACAUUUACUGCCGCAGCCGGGGAGUGGUAGCCAUCAGAGACGGAGCUUACAGUCUCUUUGACAACACUAAGAUUGUUGAGGGGUUUUACCCCGCUCCAGGACUCAAGACAUUUCUGAACAUGUUCGUGGACAGCAAUCAAGACGCUCGCAGGCGUUCGGUCAAUGAAGACGACAACCCUCCGUCUCCGGUGGGCGGGGAUAUGGACAGCCUUAUAAACCAGCUGCAGGCUCCACAACAGCCACAGAGCAUGAGAGGGGCUGCAGGGGGUGUGUAUCCCCCCCUCACGUCACCACCACCAAAUUAUCACACCAACGUCACCCCCUCGCCGUCUAUGAUGCCCACCCAGUCGCCAGGGAACAUCCAUGCCUCUGGCUCCCCUAGUGGGGCUUUGAGGGCACCCUCUCCUUUUGGGCCCACACCGUCUCCAUCGUCCUUGGGCAUAGCCAUGGGCCAGACCAGUUUUGCCAGUCCCCACGGUCCUCUGGAUCCCAGCUCCCCGUACGCCAUGGUGUCUCCCAGCCACAGGGGCCAGUGGCCGGGUUCGCCCCAAGUCUCAGGGCCCUCUCCUGGGGCACGAAUCCCCGGCAUGUCCCCUGGAAAUCCCUCCCUCCACUCGCCGAUUCCUGAUCCGCAUUCUCCUCGUGCUGGGACCAGUUCACAAGUUAUGCCUACAAGUAUGCCUCCACCCCGUAAGCUACCUCAGCGCCCGUGGGCUGCCUCCAUCCCCACCAUCCUCACCCACAGUGCCUUACACGUUCUUCUGCUCCCGUCGCCCACUCCCUGCCUGGUACCUGGCCUGGCGGGGAGCUACCUCUGCUCGCCGCUGGAGCGCUUCCUGGGAUCGGUGAUUAUGAGACGGCACCUCCAGAGGAUCAUUCAGCAGGAAGCCAAUUUGACCAUCGUGAACUCCAAUGAGCCGGGGGUCAUCAUGUUCAAGACCGAUGUGCUCAAGUGCCGGGUGGCUCUCAACCCAAAGAACUACCAGACUCUGCAACUCAAAGUUACCCCGGAAAACACGGGGCCGUGGUCCCAGGAGGAGCUUCAGGUGCUGGAGAGGUUCUUCGAGACGCGAGUUGCUGGCCCUCCCUUCAAAUUCAACACCCUUAAUGCCUUUACAAAGCUGUUGGGGGCCCCCACCAACAUCCUCCGGGACUGUGUGCGCAUCAUGAAGCUGGAACUGUUCCCUGACCAGGCUGCACAGCUCAAAUGGAACGUUCAGUUCUGCCUCACCAUUCCUCCCAGUGCUCCUCCCAUUGCUCCUCCCGGAACCAUCGCUGUGGUGCUUAAGUCAAAGAUGCUGUUUUUUCUGCAGCUAACCCAGCGGAUCCCAGUGCCCCAGGAUCCAGUGAGCAUCAUCGUUCCCAUCGUGUACGACAUGGCCACUGGUCUCACUCAGCAGGCCGACAUCCCCAGGCAGCACAGCUCAUCUGGGGCCGCGGCACUCAUGGUCUCUAAUAUUCUAAAGAGGUUCAAUGAGCUUCACCCCCCCAGGCAAGGCGAAUGUACCAUAUUUGCAUCUGUUCACGACCUGAUGGUCAACCUCACUUUCCCCCCUGGCACUCGAUGAGACGACUACAAACAGAGCUCCUGCUGGAAAUGCAGUUCUUCAUGAGGAGGAUGGAGCAUUUCUGAGCUCACAAAGGAACAAAAACUCUGUCCAAAGGCGGUGUGUGCAGCUUCUCUUCUCCUACGCUGCAGGAGAAACGUCGUUUUGUUUUAUUAAUAUUUGUAGUUGCACUUGUAAACCAGAUUAUCUAUUGAAAUUUAAGGUUGUUUACAAAAAAGAUGUACAUUGUUGUAUAUUUUCUUGUGGAAAAGGGUUGAAUCAUAAUUUUCAUAACUGCCUUUGUCAUCUUUAUUUUUCUGUUUUCAUUUAUUUUUGUUUUAUGCCCAAUAUUACUGUAGCAUCAACAGAUAGGAUAUUUGUCAUUCUGGAUUUUGCUUUGUUUAUAUCUAUAUUUUUAUGUUAGACUCCUACCUUGGAUACUGUAAAACUGUGACAGACUUUAUAAGCCAGUUGGAUUUUACUGAGAACCAUUUUGAGUCCUCUUUGAAGGAUUAGAGAAAUCUUGUCACUUCUAAUAAAAAAGCAAACGUUGUGCU